UGUUCAACACGGACUCCCAAACUUUUCAGGCCCAGAAAAACUUCAGUGUGCAUCCUUGUAAACUAAAGCAAAUGUCUGUCGACGAGAAAAUUACCAAAGCUGACCGCUCGGCAUCUCCGCUGCAGCUCUCGGAUUGCUACAGCAGCGUGUCUGUGAUGAUGGAGGAAGCGGCAGCCACCCCUGACUUUACUGCCGCUUGUCCCGUCCCGGGCACCGAGGCCUCACCAAAACACACCAGCACAGACGGCGCAGGUCAGAAAGCCAGAGGGACUGAAAACAGCAUGAACAGGAGGAACAGCUUCCAUCAUUCUAAACAGCUGAAACUAACGAAACGGCGCUACACGGCAAGCUGUAGUUUCAAACAUCCGUCAACUGGGAAGAGGAGACGAAGGGCCAACUCCGAGAGCGACUCCGUCCUGCCGACUAACUUUCUUCUGGGAGGCAACAUUUUUGACCCGCUGAAUCUCAACAGCCUGCUGGAUGAGGAGGUCAACAGAGCACUCAACGCUGAAACGCCAAAGUCCUCGCCGUUGCCAGCAAAGAGUCGAGACCCCGUCGAGAUUCUCAUUCCCAGAGACAUCACGGAUCCCCUGAACUUGAACAGCGGGAUAGCUGGCAGCAGCUUUUUGGUGUCCCCCUUUAAAAGCGGUGGAAGGAAAAGACACCGAAACAGACACCAUGGAGGUGGAGGAGCUGGGAGCGGGAUUUCAACCGCACAGGUGAACCUCUCCGAGUCAGAAAAAAGCGAGGUCAAAACUAGCACCUCUGCACAGCUUCCAGGUAUGUCUGGUUUGUUCAUCUCUGUACAAGACGACUCCAAAGAGUCCAGCAGUUUUUCCAUUGUCACAAGAGAUUCGCACAAUCACGCAGCUGAGCCCUCAGUCAGCUGCAAGGAUGAGGUCACGUCUGCACAUAUGGAGGAUGCCACCCCGUCCCAGUCAGCGGGAACAAACCAUCACGCAAGUAGACGCAAGCGAAGGCGCAACUCGGGCAAAACGGAGCCCCCUGUCAGCCAUUCUACUCCUGCUAGUAAGAUGGGAUCUGGAGAAAGGAAUUCUGGCUCAUGGGGGCAAAAAAGUUCCUUCCACACUCCAAGAAGUGGUCCCAAAGGUGUCCUGGGGUUUCAUCAGCAACAGCCGCCCCACAGUCAGACAAAGGAGCACCGGAAGAAGUUCCAGUAUGGAAAUUACAACCAGUAUUACGGAUAUCGCAACCCAGGCAGUAGUGAAGAUCCUCGUAUACACGUGCUUCGUCAAGAGUGGUUUGAAGGUAAAGAUGUGCUGGACUUGGGCUGCAACUCAGGCCACUUGACCCUUUACAUCGCCAAAAUGUUCAGACCUGCACACAUCUUGGGCCUGGAUAUAGACCAUGCGCUGAUACGUGCAGCUUGUAAGAACAUCAGACAUUAUCUGUCCGAGCUGCAGACCCAAGAGGCCAGGCGUGCGUUGCAAGAGAAAAAGACUGCUAAACAGGCGGAGGGGGGUGGAAACGAGUGCCAGGCAGGUACAGAGAAGGAACACAGCGCAGUUGAAAAUGAGAAGGCAGAGGAGGGACAGAGUGGCUCUGCAAGCGCUGUAAACGAUAACCAACCCGGUCACACAAACCAGAAUGAGACUCGGGGGCCGGACAGUAAAACGGAUGAAACUGAGCGAAAAGACUGCAUCGCACUCAAGGGCUGCUCUUUUCCCGUCUCCCUGCGGAUCUCCAGGGGACCCAUUGCUGCACCCCCAUUAACAGAAACGCAUACGGCUCAUCCUGGGGAGUUCCCCUCUAAUGUGUCCUUCACCAAGGCCAAUUAUAUUCUGGACAGGGAUGAGCUUGUCUUGACUCAGCGUCCAGAGUACGAUGUGAUCCUGUGCCUCAGCGUUACCAAGUGGGUCCACCUGAACUGGGGGGACUGUGGCCUGAUGCGGCUCUUCAAGAGAGCCUACAGACACCUCCGUCCUGGAGGCAUGUUCAUCCUGGAGCCACAGCCCUGGGAGUCGUACGUCAGGAGGAAGAAGCUGACGGAGAACAUUAACCGGAAUUUUCGCAACAUCCAACUCAAACCCGAGCAGUUUUCCUCUUAUCUCACAGCUGAGGUGGGCUUCAGCAGUUCUGAGCAACUUGGUUCUCCCAAGUGUUCAGUAAGAGGUUUUCAAAGGCCAAUCUACAUUUUUCACAAAUGACUACCCGAGCCUGGAGAACACCCCUGAAUGUGGUUAACCUGAACCUCCACUGUUCAUUCAAGCCACCCGGUUGCUCCGGACUGCUGAGAUUUAUCUUCAACCUCAGCUCUGGAUGCUGAAGAUUCAAACAAAAAACCAAGGCAAGCAAGAAUGGGGACCAAAAGUGGAAUUUCUGGUUUGUCAACAGGAGACAUCCAUCAAAACCUGUUAAGACGUUAAAAACUUACAUAGGA